UUUUCGGAGAUUCCAUUCCUCUUCUUAUUAGCUUCUACUUUUCCACGUUUCUCUUGAAGCUUAGUUGCUUCAUUCAUUCACUUAGCUUCUUCACAUUUUUCUGGAAUCAGGGACUAUCCCACCUAUAAAUCAUUCAGUUAAGUGACGCACUUUUCCAGUAAUUGUUCCCUGAGCUGCUGCUGCUACUCCAAGAAAGAAAAAUUUAUUGUUUCUGAAAGGAUUGCCAGAAAUCAAACAUGGAUGUUGAUUCGCAGCCGACGAUGGAGGAGACGAUUUUGGUUGGGGAUGAUCUAAUGACGGGUCCUCCGUCGCCUGUAGUGCCCCCGGAAAUAGCCUCCCAUGUGCUCCAUGGUGUUGAUAUGUGUGAUGGAAUUCUCAGGAACAUGUUUUUGUGCUUGCAGAUCAAUGACAUCGAACCAUUCUGUCAAGAUGAGAUUGCUCUAUAUAAACAAUGUGCUGAAAGAAGGGAUAAGGAGAUAAGGAAGCGGCUUCAAGAUAGUGAAUUGAAAUUGGGUUCAUCAAUGCCUUUAGAUCAAGCCAAGGAGAGGGCUGCUCAGCUUGAGGCAGAAGUUACAACAUUAGAGAGGCGCCUGAUUCUUGCUAGUGGACUUGAGGGCAUGGAAGGUUUCCGCCAAAGGUGGAGUUUACAUGGCCGCCUUACUGAUUCCAAAAAAAGGUUGCAGUUUUUAAAGCAGGGCAUAGAAGGCAGAAACUGAGAGCAUUGCGGGAUCAGCUACCAAAACUUGAACCUGCAUCAGGGGUUGCACCAUAUUAUCUUCCCCCUCCUGCCGUUCUAUUAAAAAAACAUAAUUUCUGUUUCUUUUUUACCCUCAUUUUGUGAUGUAUGUAUUAGAGCAUUGCUUGUAAUGGGUUAUAAACUGCACUUCCAGAUAGAGGAUCAAAGGUCAAUGUUGGACAAGGCAGUCGUUGGGAAGGUUUUAUUAAACUACCUUAUGAAAAUAAAAAUGCAUAAUUGUUAUGACUGCUAA